ACUCGUUUUCUGGACAUUUUAUGUAUCCAUGUACAUUCAGAGAUGGAAAAGUGUACAGAAAAAAGAAGGGCUUUUAAAUUGAAUUUGGUCCCCGUCGCUGAGUCGCUCGAAAAUCUAUAUCUAGGGUCUAUUGUCAAUUUCGAAAUUUGAAUUCGCCAUAGGUUUGAUUUUAACGAGCGCCAUCAUUUGUUCGAAAUAUACCGCCCAUACAGGCGCUAACGUAACCCAUGGCAUACAUUACGUACCCGAUGCUCUCCGCCGAUCCGCAAUAUUGCAGAUAGCGUGCAUAUAAACCUAUGGGCGUGUAAUAAUAAACUUCUGUUCUGACGAUAGGUUUCUAGAUCUACUUCUUCUACGUUUUGAUGAGCACAACAUGUUCUUGCUGUCCCGUAGCCAAUACUGUCUGAUAAGCAGUGGAUUUUAUACCGCGUGUAUUCCAUGAAAUUUGGAUCUUCAAGAGAACUCAACCUUCUUGCAUUCUGGUACAUGAAGUUGCGAUCACUGGUAAAGCAUCGCUGUUGAUUAUGCAGUAGACUUCGGAGCAUACAUUCUGGAUACCUAGAACUUGUUCAUCAUCACUUACUGAUCAGAACCGGUCUCGCAUAAAGACCAACCAGCAACCUGCUGUAUUUAUAGAUUGUUUGUUAUUUUAAGAAAUCCAUUUCACCUCUUUUGUCAUGCUGACAUAGAACAGUCCGAUUCAAAAUGGAGGACGGUGGCGGCAGUGGCCGAAGGGUCGCUGAUUAUUUUGUGGUGGCCGGUUUGACGGAGACGUCCCGGCCGCUGAACGACGAUUUAUUGGGGGAGGCACCACGAAAACCGCCCAAGAACCUGGCCCCUAUCAUAGACAUAACUGUUAUCAUCAAGAGUCAAGGAGAGAAGGUACCGCCUGGAUUCACCUGUGUGGAGACCACACCCAGCGGUCUACCAGCCGAUCUCAACCAUGGAAGCAUAGCAAGCCCUUCAGUCUUCAUCUGCAUCCGAAGGGGCUAUGAACAACCCCCUCUCACUGAUAUUGGGAUCUUGUACGAGGGGAAGGAGAGGGUGAUGCCGGGGUGCGAGAUUGUCAGCCACACCCCCAACGGACACCCGGCCAACGUGAGCAACCGAAUAGGAGUCAACAACCAGAGGGCGUACAUCACCUACCGUCGAGCGUCCGAGAACGCUCCUCACAACGCGUUGGCAGUGAUAGACAUCUGUGUGAUCCUCAUGAACAAGAAUGAGAGUCCACCUCAUGCAUUCUGUCUCAUCAAUAAGAACCUGAACAAGGGGAGCAUGAUGGGCUCUGAUGUCUACCUGUGCUACAAGAAAUCAGCCAUCAGGGGAAACUCAAUAGUGUACCAAGCAGACAUGCUAAGCCGUUACCCGUUGGAGGACUACGAUGACUUCCCCCUUCCCCAAUCCACCCCGUUCUGUAUGCCCAUGGGGGCGGCCAUCGAGUGCUGGGCGGAGACCAGGGAACACCCCCUCCCCGUCUUCUCAACGUUCGUCCUUACGGACAUUGCCGGUGGAAAGGUGUACGGAGCGGCCGUGACCUUCUACGAGAACUAUCCCGAGGAGAAACUUAGCGAGCAACAGAGGGAGGCCUUGCAGUUGAAGCCUACCGACACCAAGAACGGGCCGUCCGGCUACAACAUCCACGUCAACAAGUGCGUCUGUCUCCUCUCCCAUUGGCCCUUCUUUGAGGCCUUCAAGAAGUUCCUGGCCUUCAUCUAUCGGGUCUCCAUCUCGGGGCCGCGUUCGAUACCCAUCGAGAGGCAUAUCUCUCAUUUCAUGCACGAGGUGCCCUUCCCAACACCUCAGAGACCAAGGAUACUUAUGGAGUUGGGCCAUGACCAGCUGAUCCUGGCUACGCCCCAGACCUCGCCCAUCCCUCUGAGUGGAGCCAGCUACUGUGCCAUGCUGAGGAACCUGGGACCGGAGAAGACCCUCAACGUCUUGGCCUUCUUACUCAUGGAACACAAGCUGGUCCUGCACUCACUUAGACCAGCCCUGCUCACUGGUGUGGCAGAAGCGGUCUCUUCGUUAAUCUUUCCCUUCGUGUGGCAGUGUCCCUACAUACCCCUAUGCCCACUGAGUCUGUCUGACUACCUGAGUGCCCCAAUGUCUGUGGUGGUGGGGAUCGACUCCCGCUACUUCGACAUGUAUGACCCUCCCAACGACGCCAUCUGCAUCGAUAUCGACACCAACACAAUCUUGCAACUCGAUGACAAGAAAGGAAUAACAUGGAAGAUACUACCAAAGAAACCAGCCAAGAGACUGUACAACACCCUGACAAAGAUAUACCAAGACAUCCAGGAGUCAGCGGUAGGUGAUGGCAUCUCUGAUGAACUCGCCGUCGAGGUGUCGCCCAUCACGCUGGAUUUUAGCCUGAAGAAGAAACAGAUGCAACUGGAGAUGAGGAUUCAGGACGCAUUCCUAGCCUUCAUGGCGAUGAUGCUGAAGGGUUACAGCCAUUAUCUACUCCCUAUCACUCAGCAACCCAGCAAUAGAGCUCUAGAUGCUAGCUCAAGAUUCGACUACCCAGGUUUCUUGAAGACUCGAGACAAGGCAUCCCACGUGUUCUUCAAACAGUUCCUGAAAACACAGAUGUUCAUCAAGUUCAUUGAAGAGAUCUCGUUCGUCUCAGAAAACGAUGAGAAAUUUGCCUUCUUUGACGACUGUAUUGAUAAGGUUGAUAUUGACUGCAAAGAUGACAUUCAUCUGAUAGACACUGAGAGUCAGGUGGAUAGUGAGCAUACAGUCUUUGUCAUGCCUCCUGAUGCGGAUGGUACUGGCACUCAAUACGACUACACCGAUUUCCCAAUCCUGAAACGAGAGCUGUUCCACGCUCCGCCGACUGCGGAGGUCCGAGACCAGCUGUCGACGCCCAACAUCAGCAGGACCAAGCAGGGCGUGGCCCAGAGUCCGUUCCCCAGGAGGACCAAACAAGAGAUGAGGAACUCUCAGAAGAUGGCCAAGAUGCAGGCUGCAUCACCAGAACAGUGGGCAAACUACCUGUUAGGCCAGUCCUAUGCUCUGUGGUUCAUCCAUUUACCGUCCUACGUGAAAGCAACUCAUUCCAAGACGAGAGCUCUCAGAACGGCCUUCGAGGUGCUCAAGAAGAUGCAGGAUAAGAACAUUUCGCUCUUUGAUGAGGUGUGUUAUCGUGUACUGAUGCAGCUGUGUGGGCAGUACAGGCAACCCGUCUUAGCUGUACAGGUCUUUAUGGAGAUGAGGAGGAGAGGUAUCAAGCCAAAUGCAAUCACAUACGGUCACUAUAACAAGGCUGUCCUGGAAUGCCAAUGGCCAACCUCGUCCUUCAGCAGCUACCAGCAAUGGGUGAAGCUCCGGAACACCCUGGCUGCCGUCAUCCAGUUCCGACGCGGCAUCAAGCACCGCGGCAGCUCCUCAGACACCAACAGCGAUCUCCUGAGCCAGGGGAGCGGGGACAGCAUGGAACCACCGGGGGUUAUGCUUGAACCAGAAGGAGGAGGCAAAGAUGAGACUGACCUAAUCAAGCUGAUGGAGGGCACGGCGGCAGUGAACCUCACCAGGGAGGAGAAGAGCAGUACUGGCAACUCUGACAUGGGCUAUGCUUCCAUGAUCAUGGACGAGACCACGCCCAACGACCUCUUGACCUCUCCCGAACUCUCUCCCACCAAACUAGCCCGCCAGCGGGACUCCCAGUGCCUGGACGAGGAGGACGAAGAAGAGGCCACCCAGGACCAGGACAAUGACCGCGAAGCUGAUGUCGUCGGGCGUGAGAAGAUGACUGGGGUAGAUGGAGAGGUGAAGGGGGUCGUGGAGAGGAGAGGCAGGGAGGAGGAGGAGGAUGAGGAGCAGGACGGGGUGAAAGAGGGCGUACAUGAACGUACCUUUGUGGCAGAUGACGACCUGUCACUUGUUGGUCACAGAAAAGAGGAGCUGAGUGCGGAGAUCACCAACAUCAAAUCCCGCAGCGCCCCUGUGAGUGAGGUCUCCACCCCUAUCAGCCGGAAGAGGCUGGACCUGGGGGGCAUCGACACCCCUGAUGAUGGGCUGUUUGGUAUCACCGAUCUGAAUGAGGAGGAACCCAGAGGGCGUGGGAGCAGUAUUCUGCGGAGAUCGAGGAGUAGUGUUACCAGUCGGGAAGCAGUGCAUGUGGUCCUUGAUACUUCCCACUCAUCAAUGAAUGGCAACACGUCACUGUUAGAUGCCAAUAAUCUUGAGGAGGACAAUCCAUUUGAUGAUUCGCAUCUUUCAGACCCCAAUGACACGCCUCGAAGGAGGCACAAAAGCGCAGGGGAACACGCCUGGUCAUUAGCGAUCAGGAAACGAAACAGCAGCGGGGGUGACGCCGCGGCCACCAUCACCGACAGUCUUGCCACCAGCGAUAGCGACGUGAUCAGCGAGGACAAGUUUGGUUGUGACGCGAAAAUGCUCGAGAAAUUGCGGACUAGCAGCGAAUCGAGCCAGUCUGGCACCCACUCGCGGUCCCUGUCCUGCGGUAGCCGACCGCAGUAUAUCGACCAGAAGGGCGAGGAAUUCCCUGUGCAGGUGAACGCUUUGGACGAUGUGGGUAAGGAAGAGUUGUUGGAUGUUUGCCAUCAGAUUAAAACCUUGAAUGCAAGCGAGGACAGGGGGAGCUCAGAAGGGAUGACAGACUCUGGUGAUGAUCUCCUGGUAUCGAUCAAUGAGAAGAACUCACAAGAUACUAGGGAGAGUGGUAGUGGUGAUUUGAUAGAGGUAGUCGAUGAAGGUAGUAAACUGAAAGCUUCCAGUAUCCCAAAUGGUUUGCAUGACAUACAUGUUAGUCCUAAACACACGACGGACAAUGUCAGUACUGAUGAUGAUGCAUUGGAUGACGUUGAAACACCGCUAGAGAAUGGCUUGGGUAAAACAGAACUGUACAAACUGGAAAGUAUGGAAUCAUUACCUAGUAACUCGUCAUCGAAUGACACCAAAGACUCUAAGGAGAACCUGUCAUCGAAGCCUCGAAAGACGCCCAAGCGGACGCCAAACUUCCUGUCCAACCUGUUGACGUCGCCGUUCACGCCCCGCAUGUCGAAGCAGUCCAUCAGCCGCACCAUCCAGUCGGCUUCGUCGCAGAUGGAGACCCUGAGGACACGUGCGACGGACUUUGCCUCCAAGGUCGGGGAGUACACCAGGCAGCUCUCCUCCCCAGCCAUCAAGGACAGUCUGAGUAAUCCAAACCUCAUGGACAUUGAUGACACGUACAGAGGAGAUUACGGUGGCAAGUCAGAACCCAGAACCAUCGCUGGAUCAUGGGGUGAUAGCAGCAAGAUGGAUAGCUUGAAUCCAGAGGAAAUGGGCAUCCACAUGCCUGGAUCGCAAUUUGCAGGUAGUACACAGUCUCUCAAUAACCCCAUGGCUUCAGAUCAAGAAGAUGGUUUUAACAGUGUCAAGCGGCAGUAUGCCAUGCAUGUCUUCAUGACUAGCUGCUUCCGUUGUGGUGCUUGCCGAUCAGCCCUCUAUGAUGAACACAUCAUGGCAGGAUGGGCUGCUGACGAUUCCAAUCUCAACACAAGUUGUGCAUUCUGUGGAUCGCCUCGGGUACCAUUCCUGACUGUGACCAUCAAGGACCUGCGUGAGCCUGGAGGGCUAUGCACCCUGACCCCUAGCCCAUCAGCAGAGAGCAUGCAGAGCAUCCAAUCGGCUCCCUUCCUCAAGCAAGGCGACGCCCUCCCGGGGGGUAAGACGGACGAGUCCGGCAACGAUUACCAGUCCAACCCCAGCGUGGACAACCUGUCCCUGGGUAGUGAAGGGGAGGGCGACCCCAAGCCCGCCCUGACGGGGAGGACCAUGCCGCCCAUGAGGGAAGCGGGACUGCAUCACUCCGCGGGAGAUGCCGUGAUGAGGGAGCAACUGAAGAGAGGCAGUGGAGGGGGGGAUAACUCACCCUCCGCAGCCAGGAGGCGGACCGUCAGCGAGUGCCAUACUGCGGAUUUGCUGAAGGAGGUAGAAUCAGUUGAAAGGCCAGGGAAUGGGUACCCUGCCAACAUGCGUCCAGGCACCUCUUACAGCCUUCCCCGCUGCAAGACCAUCCAGGAGACGACCAACCACAACGCAAGCCUCCUGGCUGACUUCUCCACCUUCUCCACCAUCAGUCUCCCCUCCAGCAUGCGGGGCUCCAGGGAGUUCCUGGCCCCGCCUCCUCGCAGGGACGCGGAUCCCGACCCCGUCAACGUGCCGUACCUCAGCCCCCUGGUCCUGCGCAAGGAGAUUGAGAACGUGAUUGAUAAUGAGGGCGAGGAGUGUCUGAGGCAACCUGCUUUCGUCUCCCAGCACCCCAUUAUAUUCUGGAAUCUUAUCUGGUAUUUUAAACGGCUUGACAUGCCCAACUAUUUAGAGGGUGCCCUUCUGGCUGCCUACAGCGAUAACAGGGAUCUAAAUGAUGGUGGUCGUUACCUAGCAACGGAUUCAAGGUACGUGAAGGUGACGAUCCUAUGGGACAACCUGAGUCUGUACAAGGAGGAUGGGAUCCCGAUGUAUCUUCACUGGACGCCCAAUGCACAAGCUAUCAAGAAUGCGAUCAACGCACCGGAUAAAGCAGACUUCUCAAGCUCAUUCAUGCUCCAGAUCGUGAAGUGCAUCCGAUUCAACAACGUGUUCCUCCCGAUCACCAUGCUACUGGAUGAGUUCAAGAGACAAGGCAUACCCCUAGGGGAGCAUCGUAGCAUCUACAGAGAACUCCUCUUCCUAUCCUUCCUGGCCCUUGGCAAAGAUAAUGUGGAUCAUGAUGCUUUUGACCAGCAGUAUCGAGUGGCAUACUCCAAGCUGAGGGAGGACCAGAAGGAACAGAUGCAGAAGAAUGAUCGUCCUCCACCCAGGGCCGUUCAGAUGUGUCGCACCGUCUUCUCCGAUCUCAGCUUAUAGAAGGAGAAAAUGAGGGGUCACCCGUCGGUCUACAGGCUCCUGCUGAAGAGGAGAAUGGUCAUGGCAGCUCAUUGAAGUUGAGUGAUUAAAGAUGAGGAGUUGGAAAACGGAAUGUUUGACGCAAAGGAAAAAGAAAUCUGAUUAUUUCAAGAAAUUGUCAAUCAAUCAUGCGGUCACAAUAAUUUGACGAAAAGAUACAAGGAGUGGUUACCAGUUUUAUACCUUUAUGUUCCUGUCUCAUCUCGAUACUCAACAGCUAUAUGCAAAUUUACCGUUAUUGUAGAAUGUAUUACUAAGAGCACCUACCAAGAUGUGAAGAUCACACCAAACUUCUCACAGUGGAAGUGUUCAUCUGGUACACAUGGACCCUGAAUAAGUCAACAGGGGCUUCUUGCACUUUGAAUCUCUAAAAUUUCAAUCUGGAAAGACUAUGAUGGGUACAUGAUGCUCUGACUUUAGGUAUAAUCUACACACUGUUCUCUUAAAUCUUGUUUGUAAUUCAAUAUCUGUAUUAUGCAGGCAAACACGAUAUGACGUUUUGAAUACCGGUAUGGAAAAGGGAAGAAAAAAAAGCUACAUAUGUAGACCUACAUGUACAGUUAUAGGCAAGCUAAGAGUUCUACUUUGAUUAUCAAAGAUGAAACUGGUUGCGUAAAUUCCUGGUUCUCUUGAACUUGAUUUAUGAAUGAUACCAUGGUGGGAAUCACAUUAAGUGUGUGGAAUGCUGGGGAAUUCCCUUAUGUCGAAGAGUGAGUUCCUCUAU